AUGUAUUCGGAAUAUUUAAAAGAUAAGCUGGAUGAUCCGUUUUGGAAGGACAUUCUGAAUGGUUCAUAUGAAAGCAUUUAGUCGAAUUUAGACAUGCUUAAGAGCGAGAUUUAGAAGAACAGAUUUGAGAUGAAGUAGCAAAUAAGUGCAAAUUUAAAUGAUUAUGUGAAGAGUUAAGAAUCAGCUAUAAAAUUAACACAAGAAUUAAACAGAAUUAGGGUUAGUAGCAAAGCAGAGCAGUUUAAAAAGUAGAUCAAAUUAUUUAAAAUAGUUAAUGCUAAUAGUGAAGGAGCAGACGCUAAUACUGCUACUUAAAAAAGCCAGGUCUAGGAUUAAUAGGAAGGAGGCAAAGCUAUUUUAUUACAAAGCUAGAGUUUGUUUGAAAAAUUCAAGAGAUGCUAAUAGGAAAAUGAUUACAUGGAAAUAUUUGAAGUUGAAAGUGUAAUUUAAAGGUGUUUAAAGGCAGAAGAUUAUGAAGAACUUAGCAAACUUCUUUUUUGGCUUGAAAAAUUAAUUUUAAAAAAUAAAGAUAAUGCAAGUCUACAUAAAAUAUUCUCAGAGAUUAUGAAGAAAUAUAGAAAAGUUUUGUGCAACAUACUCUUUUAGAAUUACAAUAAGUCCAAGAAGGAUAAAUUGAAGAAAUUUUUUAUAGAUUUUGGCAAAAAUUUAAAAUCUUAGAAAGAUUCUUAUUUGUUUGAGAUAUUUUAGGCACAUUUUGCAAAGAAAUUUAAGCAGAUCUUUGAAAAAAAUAAAACUCAGCUUGUUCAAAUUAAUCAUAUAGCAAAUAUAUUUGAUAUAUAUGGAAAAUCGCUAAAUAAAAGUGUCUUAUUUGUAUAAGAAAUCAAUGAAAGCUUAAAAGAAAAAGAGCAAAUUAAAAUUCUUUAGUUUGUCAACAAAUUUAGAAAAAAUCUUAUUGAUUUAAUAGACAAAGUUAGGAAUAACAAAUUGAAUGAAAUUAAAAUAAGGAUAGCCUAAUUUUAGGAGCCUCUCAAAACUCAUUUAAGACUCGGAUCAGUAGACUAGCUUUAAAUUUCAUUGCAGACCAAAGUAUUUUUAAUUAAAGCUAAAGCUUUCUUGAGAUAUCGCAACAGAUUUUUAAUCACUUUGGGUGAGCUUAAAGUUAUUGAAAAUGAAUAAGAAAUGUUCAACGAAAUGGUCAAAAACUCUGAAGGAAUUCAAGUCUUAUUGAAUAUGAUUAAAGUCUACAGAUUCUUAUUACAAACAAAUAGAAUUAAUGAGUAGAAAAUAGAUGAAUAUGUUUCCUAAUUUAUUGAACAUGUUAGCAAAGAAAUAUAAAACCUAAUAUAAAUUUACUACAACACAGAAGAUUUAAAAUAAACAGCAGAAGAAUUAGAUAAUAAAAGAAAAAUAUUAAUAGAAAUGCUUUUCAAACAAAGAAAAAAUUUUUGA